ACAGUAGCGUCACGUGACGCGGCCCCGCUCCUGCUCCCGCGCCGCACGCCGCACGCCGCACGCCGAUGGCCGCGGGCUCUCGCGGCGCCGCACAGGCUCCACAAGGCGAGCGACCCCCGGGCCCAGGGAGGCAGCGGCUGCAGCGCGGCCGGCGAGGGCGCCACGCAGGCCAGCCGUAGUGUCGUCACCGCGGCGGCGCGGGCUCCGGAGCAGCCCCGAGCCCAGGCAGCGACGCCGACGCCCUGCGCGCACCCCCUCCCUCCCUCCGCGGCCCCCUCCGCCGCCGCCCCGCGGCCUCCAUCUUCCUCUGGCUGCCGGCGGCAGCGCUCGUCUGCGGAGCGGGGUUGAAAGACACACAGAAGUCUUCAUGGAUAUAGUUGAUACAUUUAAUCAUUUAAUUCCUACUGAACACUUAGAUGAUGCCCUAUUUCUAGGAUCCAACCUGGAGAAUGAAGUCUGUGAGGAUUUUAGUACAAGUCAAAAUGUCUUAGAGGACUCGCUGAAGAACAUGCUCAGCGAUAAGGAUCCUAUGCUAGGAUCUGCAAGUAACCAGUUCUGUUUGCCUGUUUUGGAUAGCAAUGAUCCCAAUUUCCAGAUGCCUUGUUCAACAGUUGUUGGUCUUGACGAUAUUAUGGAUGAAGGAGUUGUUAAAGAAAGUGGUAAUGAUACCAUUGAUGAAGAAGAAUUGAUUUUACCUAACAGGAGUUUGAGGGACAGAGUAGAAGACAAUUCAGUGAGAUCACCAAGAAAGUCACCUCGUUUAAUGGCACAAGAACAAGUAAGAAGUUUGCGACAAAGCACUAUUGCCAAGCGUUCAAAUGCAGCACCUCUAAGCACAAAAAAGCCACCGGGGAAGACUGUAUCUACCCCUAAAGUAGGGGUGAAACCAUCUGAAAGAUGCCAGAGUAAAGAAGAACUUUAUACAGCACUGAAAUCCGAAUACGCUAAAGAGAGCAGAAGGGGUGGCCGACAUGCUGAGCCAAUCGACGUGGUGCCAGAGGUCUCAGCAUCUUGUGUCGACUCUUCAGCGUCACCCUGUGUGGAAAUGAAGGAUGAAACUGAAUUAGAUUCCAAGCAUGCAUGUAAUAGCCAGGGUGAAGUAAAUGUGCCGUCUCAUGAGUUAAAUUGUCCUCUUCUCUCAGAGACUUGUGCUAGUGUGGGAGAACAGAAAGGUGAAGCUCUGAAGGAAUGUGGAGCUAAGAGUGAUAGUAGCCCAUUGUUUAAGUUUUCAGAUAACGACGAUGAGCAGAAUGGUCUUGUUUCAGGGGGAGUGGACGACACUAUGGAAGAAAGGAAUGCAGUGGGAAAACUUGAACAGGAAGCAGAGGAGGUGCACUUACCCUGUGAAGGUGAGCAGGUGACUGAGGAACUUGGAUCUUCUGAUGCGUUUAGUGACUCUGCUUGUACAGAUAAAAAUAAGACAAAGAGUGAAGCCUCUGGGUGUCAUCUGGGAUCGAAGAGUACUGUAGAUAUUGUGGACAAAGCUGAGAACUCUCUUCAAAGAAAUCAAAUGGGAACAUCGGGGUAUUGUGAGGACAUGGAGUCUAACGAUGUUCAGUUACAGGGCACGGAGUUUCCUAAAUCAGAUUUGGAGGAGGUUGAUACUUGUGCUUUUGAACCAGAAAUUACUACUUUAGAAAAUACUAUUUGUGAUGUUCCUGACCAAAAUUCAAAGCAGUUGAAUAUUACUCAAAGUAUUAAAAUGGAUUCUCAUGAAACAGCUGAUCUUCAGGAUGACAGAAGCAGCUUAGAGCCCAAAAACAUAAAAUCUAAACACAUAAAAUCUGUAACUCAUGCUAAACAAAGCAUGACCACAGAGACUCCAAGAAAACCUGUUGCUGUGAAGCAUGAAGUAGUUCACAGCAAAACCAAAUCUAAUGUCAAGACUGUGAAGCGAAAUCCCGAUGAACUAGAACCCCAGCACGAUUUUCAGAGGCCAGUCAAAGUGAGAAAAGGACAGCUUGAUAAGGAUCUGAAGAAUCUGAGUUGUAAUUCUGGGGUCAAGUCUAUGAAGAGCCAAGCUCAUUCUGUAUUGAAGAAAACCUCACAGGAUCAAAAUGUGAUGCAAGUUUCCAAACUUUCGACCCAUUCUCUUAGUGAUAAGCUUCAUGGUCACUCUGGCUGCCCUAAGGAUUCUCAUUCUGCUGCACAGACUGGACACUCACUGCACUCCAGCCAGAAACCGAGCCAUAAGCCUCAGCAGCAGGCAUCAGUGGCGAAGGUCACCAGCCAUGGGAGGGAUGAGCAUGAGCAUCCAGGCAGUGAGCAUCUUAAGGAGGAGGACAGACUGAAACUAAAAAAACCCGAGAAGAACCUCCAGCCUCGCCAACGGAGAACCAGCAGAGGCUUUUCUCUGGAUGAGCCUCCGUUGUUCAUCCCAGACAACAUAGCGACUGUGAAAAGAGAAGGGUCAGAUCAGACCGCCUCAGUUGAAAGCAAACAUAUGUGGACUCCCAGCAAGCAAUGUGGGUUUUGUAAAAAACCACAUGGCAACAGGUUUAUGGUUGGCUGUGGGAGAUGUGAUGACUGGUUUCAUGGUGACUGUGUUGGGUUAAGCCUUUCCCAAGCACAGCAAAUGGGAGAGGAAGACAAAGAAUACGUCUGUGUAAGAUGCUGUGCUGAAGAAGACAAAAAGACUGACAUAUCAGACACAGAUAUUUUGGAAGAUCCAACUACAGUUGAAGCCCACAGCGAAGAGAAAACAAUGGAGUGUGAAAAGCUUGGGUCAUCGAAGCACAUGGUAGCCAACGAUAAAAACAAAUACGUGGAUGAUACUGCAAAGCACAAGGUCAAGAUUUUAAAACGGGAGUCUGGUGAAGGAAAACCUUCAUCUGACAGUAGAGAUAAUGAAAUUAAAAAAUGGCAGCUAGCUCCUCUUCGGAAGUUGGGACAACCAGUUUUACCUCGGAGAUCAUCAGAAGAAAAAAGUGAAAAAAUACACAAAGAAUCUACAACUGUUACUUGCACAGUAGAAAAACCAUCAAAAUCAGGCACUCAUGAGAAGCAAGAGACGAAAAGGAAGAAAGUUGAAAAAGGAGGACCUUAUGUGCACCCCCCUGCUGCUUCCAAACCUUCUGCCGAUCAAAUCAGACAGAGCGUCCGGCAUUCUCUUAAAGACAUUCUGAUGAGAAGACUUACAGACUCAAAUUUGAAGGUCCCAGAGGAAAAGGCAGCAAAGGUCGCCACAAAAAUUGAAAAAGAGCUUUUCUCUUUCUUUCGAGACACGGACUCUAAGUAUAAGAAUAAAUAUAGAAGCUUGAUGUUUAAUCUGAAGGACCCUAAAAACAAUAUACUGUUUAAAAAAGUACUUAAAGGAGAAGUAACCCCUGAUCAUCUUAUAAGAAUGAGUCCAGAAGAACUAGCGUCUAAAGAGUUAGCUGCGUGGAGACGAAGGGAAAACAGACACACAAUAGAGAUGAUUGAGAAAGAACAAAGAGAAGUGGAAAGACGACCAAUCACAAAAAUAACUCACAAAGGCGAGAUCGAGAUAGAGAGUGACGCCCCAAUGAAAGAGCAGGAGGCAGCCAUGGAGACACAGGAACCUUCAGCCAAUAAGUCAUUGGAAAAGACCGAAGGCUCUGAAAAAAAAAAAGAAGAGGUUGACUCCACAUCUAAAGAUACUACUAGUCAACACAGGCAGCAUCUUUUUGAUCUGAACUGCAAAAUAUGCAUAGGUCGAAUGGCACCACCUGCAGAUGAUCUUUCUCCAAAAAACGUGAAAGUUGUUGUGGGAGGGGCUCGCAAACAUUCAGACAACGAAGCAGAAAGCAUAGCAGAUGCAUUGUCUUCAACCACAAACAUUCUGGCUUCUGAAUUCUUUGAGGAGGAGAAACAAGAGUCUCCCAAAUCAACAUUCUCUCCUGCGCCACGUCCAGAGAUGCCUGGAACUGUUGAAGUUGAGUCUACCUUCCUGGCUCGAUUGAACUUCAUCUGGAAAGGUUUUAUCAAUAUGCCAUCUGUUGCAAAGUUUGUUACCAAAGCCUACCCUGUAUCUGGGUCCCCCGAGUACUUGACAGAGGAUCUACCAGAUAGUAUUCAAGUAGGUGGCAGGAUAUCGCCCCAGACAGUUUGGGAUUACGUGGAAAAAAUAAAAGCAUCAGGAACCAAGGAAAUCUGUGUGGUUCGCUUCACACCGGUAACUGAAGAAGAUCAAAUUUCUUACACUUUGCUGUUUGCAUACUUCAGUAGUAGAAAGCGUUACGGCGUAGCUGCUAACAACAUGAAGCAGGUUAAAGAUAUGUACCUUAUUCCUUUGGGUGCUGCAGAUAAAAUUCCACACCCUCUUGUGCCUUUUGAUGGACCUGGACUUGAGCUGCACAGACCUAAUCUGUUGUUGGGCCUCAUUAUUCGUCAGAAGUUGAAGCGGCCUCAUAGUGCUAGCGCCGGUCCUAGUCACACUGACACUCCAGACGCUGUCCCAGUAGCCCUGCCACCUGACAAAAAAGGGAAGAUGGAGUCCUCUAUGGAGGACACCGCCGAGGAAGAGAGUGACUUUUUCAAUUCCUUCACAACUGUGUUGCACAAGCAGAGAAACAAGCCCCUGCAGUCUCUUCAGGAAGACCUGCUCACAACAGCCGAACCUCUGAUGGAAGUCAGUAGACAGGAGCCACCAAAACCCUUACGGUUCCUUCCUGGGGUCCUAAUAGGCUGGGAAAAUCAACCUUCCACUCUGGAAUUAGCAAAUAAGCCUCUUCCUGUGGAUGAUAUACUCCAAAGUCUUUUGGGCACUACUGGUCAGGUGUAUGAGCAGGCUCAGCCCGUUGGAGAACAGAGCACUCUUAAAGAAAUUCCUUUUAUAAGUGAUCAGACCAGCCCAAAAGUAGAGCAAACAGAUAAAGUGGAGGUAACUGAGGUUGAAGCCAAGGAGAUAAAAGGUAAAGUCGAUAAUGUCUCAGAAUCUACAGGUAAAAAUUCAGGAGGAGAAGAAACGUCAUUGGUGGGAUCCCCAUCCGUUCCUCCAGGGCCUUUGACGAGUCUUAGUCUGAGAGGGAAACCACCAGAUGUUUCUACAGAAGCUUUCUUGACAAAUUUAUCAAUCCCAUCAAAACAAGAGGAAACUCUGGAAAACAAGGAGAGAACAUUAAAAAGGCAGCUGCUCCAAGAGCAAGAGGGAACUUCGCCAGAAAAUCGGACUUCCACUCAUUCUCCAUGCAGGCCUGGUACAGGAAAGGGGAACAUAGAUGGGAGUGUGGGUUGCAGUGAACAUCUUGUGGCCAACACAAGAUCUCCACAAUUUAUCAAUCUGAAAAGGGAUCCUAGGCAAGCUGCAGGACGGAGUCAGCAGACAACCUCAGAAAGCAAAGAAGCAGAGAGCUGCCGAAAUGGAGAGAAGCAUGCUCUGCCUGGCCCGUCACACAGCAAAGAGCCCUUAGCAGAGCCAGUCAGUGGGGAGGGGAAGCCGCCUUCUAUAGAGAAGAACUCGGGUGCAGAGCAGAGUGAUGGUUCCGAGACUCUGCAAAACACAUCCUCCGUAGAAAACUUAAAUUCUUCACAGACGGAACAAGCCAGCCCUUUACAGGAGGAUAUUUUAACACAAAAUAUUGAAACUGUCCACCCGUUUAGAAGAGGGUCGGCUACAGCAUCAUCUCACUUUGAAGCUGGAAGUACAUGCCAGUCAGAAUUUCCUUCUAAGAGCAUCAACUUUACUUCUAGGAGUACCAGCCCCAGAGCAAGUGCAAGCUUUUCACCUAUGAGGCCACAGCAGCCCAGCCUCCAGCAUCUCAAGUCUAGCCCUCCUGGAUUCCCAUUUCCUGGACCUCCAAACUUCCCUCCCCAAAAUGUGUUUGGAUUUCCACCACAUUUGCCACCUCCUUUACUCCCCCCGCCAGGCUUUGGUGGCUUUCCUCAAAAUCCCAUGGUUCCUUGGCCACCUGCUCAUCUCCCAGGCCAACCACAACGUAUGGCAGGGCCCCUUUCACAAGCGUCUUCAAGGUAUAUGGGCCCGCAAAAUUUUUAUCAGGUCAAAGACAUUCGGAGACCAGAAAGGCGCCAUAGUGACCCUUGGGGUAGGCAAGACCAACAGCAGCUAGACAGGCCAUUUAAUAGGGUUAAAGGGGACCGGCAGAGAUUUUACAGUGAUUCGCAUCACUUACAAAGGGAGCGCCAUGACAAGGAAUGGGAGCAAGAAUCUGAAAGGCACAGACACAGAGACAGAAGCCAAGACAGAGACAGGAAAAGCAAAGAGGAAGGACACAAAGAUAAGGAGAGGGCACGGAUGUCACACAGUGACCGAGCAGCAGAUGGGAGAGCAGGCAGGGAGGGCAAGAAUGCAGACAAGAAGCCGGACCAUGGAAAGGAGAAGGAACGAGAGAAGAGUAAACACAGGGAAGGGGACAAGGACAGAGAGAGGUACCACAAAGACAGGGACCACACUGACAGAGCAAAAAGCAAAAGGUGAAAUUUGCAGGCCGCUUCAGUGUCGCCUUUAAAGAACUGUUACAUGUUGUGUACCUUUAUAAGAUUGCCUGCUAGGACUGUGCCACCUUUUAAAUCUUCCCUGCUGGUGGCUUGCAGAGCAGGAAGCUGCUGGAGCAGAGUGCCCUGUCUGCACCAGCGCCCACCAUCCCUUCAUACACACUGUCCUACUUACAGGAAUUUAAUAUUUUUAAAAGUUUUACAAUGCUGUAUAUUCAAAGAUUGUUUUAUUAAUAUGCAAUAAAGGCUUAGAAAUUUAGUUUUAUUCCUUAAUUAGUAAAUAUGGUUAACUAUGGAAUAUAUUUACUGCCUCUAGUGAAUGUCCUUUAUAUAAUGACUGAUUUGAAAGUAAUCUGUGCUCUGUACAUUUGUUUUCAAUUGCACUGUUUUUAAAGAAAAUGUAGAGGAGCAACAAAAAAGUCAAGCGAGCUCAUAAUCAGACCAUACUAGUCACCUAGUAGGGCGGUUUCUGCCCGUGAGUCAGAAGUCCAAGAAGUCCAUUUAUCGCUUUAAUCUGCACACAUUAAGGGCAUUCUUACCAUGUACUGCAGUUUGGGGUAGGCCGUAUCCCUUUCCUUCCUUGCUCUUCAGAAACUUGAAUACUUAAGCUUGUACAUGAUCUUGUGUUUUGCUAUCCUUUUUACUGUAAAAUGUAAAUAUUUUAAGGGAUAUUUUGAUUCUAAAUAUGAUAAAAGAAUUUCUCACCUACUUUGUGUGUGUGAUUUGAAAUUCAGUAGUAAAAGAGGUUCUUCAAAGCUUCUUUUCCUUGAGACAUUAUUCUUUUACUCAGCAAGAGUAUGUAGACAUUACCUAAGAGAGGAACGGCUGUUUUUCAAUCUUAGAUGCGCCACUUCUAAAGAGGCUAGUGUUUAGAACUGCCAGCAGGGAGCUUCAUGGUUACCUACUUAGUUGCUCUUACGACUCUGAACACUUAUAUAUGAUUAAACUUUGUUAUACGGACUCAGUAAUCAUUGUGAAACUGCAGAACUUUUAAGUGAAAUGUAUUUUGAAUUUUUUUGUAAAAUGAUUUGUUUGUAGGGCAACUGUAAAACUGAAUAUGCCAGUUUGACUUGAAAUAGGAAAUACAGGAGACUGUUGUUCUUUCAGAUAUAAACUUUACCUACACCCUGAAAUACAUCCUCUGCUGAUGUUUAAAACAUAAAGCGGUAGCUGCCAGAUGAUGGUAACACUUGAGACCCAAUCAAGAGCGAUCAGUGUUCUUACCUUCUUGUGCCCAUGAAGAAGAAUGCCAGUAACUCCACAAAAUUAAGAAAAUUGUUCCUAAUGGAGCGUUACCAGGUUUUUGAAACUGAAUCAACCUUGCUGUUCUCACUAGAGAAAAUAGCAGUCAAACGUUUUUGUCUGAAUUGCAAGGAUUACAAUAUACUUCUUUCAUCUUUGCUUCUGAAGUCUUAUCAUCAUUAUGAAAGUUCUAAAAUGAAGGGUUUCCAUUUAAAUAAAGUAUUUUUAACUUUG